AUGUCGUCAACACAGGCGCAACAGCAGCCAAAAACAGGCAGCCCUAAUGACUUCCUCAAAGGCGUGAUUGGAAAGAACGUCAACGUCCGUCUCAAUUCCGGUAUCGACUACCGCGGUGUCCUUUCCUGCCUCGACGGCUACAUGAACAUUGCCCUUGAACAGACGGUCGAGUACGUCGACGGCGUGCAAAAGAACUCGUAUGGUGACGCUUUUAUUCGUGGAAACAAUGUAAUGUACAUCACCGCACUAGAAAAGUAA